AGUUUAUUAUUUACAGUACUGGAAUUCGAAAGCGCAUUUUGUUACUCCAGUGUCUCCUGAAUAAGUCAUUUUUACUAUUUUGGAACGUUCUGGUAGCAAUUACAAAUUUAUCACAACUGUUAUUUGCUGUUGUUACAGUGGACGGAUUUCGAGAAGACUAUUAAUAUUAACUUUAUCAAUAUUGUUACAUUUUCAAUAUGGACGUUUUUGGCCAAAAUACGUCACACAUGAACACCACCACUCCGACUGAAAACUGGAUAUCUAUAUACUCUAUAGUUCGAUGGAUUCAAAUAACAAUGGCCGUCCUAAGCAUUAUAGGUGCUGGCUCUAUAAUCGUAUUUGCCUGUUUAAAAGGACUAGUAAGAAAACCAGAGGUGCUGCCAUUGUUCUUGUUAAGUGUAACAGACCUGCUGUUAGCAUUGAGUUGGAUGUGUGGAGGUCUUCUCUUCACUCAGUCCUGUAAAGCUUACAGAACCUGCUACAACCUCCACAUAGUGGAACAGACGCUUUACAUGGCCUCGUUCUUCUAUACUCUGCACUAUGUUUGGGUGCUCUACUACGGACUGAAGGGGAAGUACAAGAGACUCAACGGUUUCCCAGCCGAGAAUCCAGCAGACACAAGAAGCUGCAGAUAUCUUGGUCCUGUAGUGUCAUGUCUUUUGCCUUUAAUGCUCACAGCACCUGUGUUUGUAGCAGGAAAUGUGUUUCAGUGUUAUACAAACUUCACUCAGCCGUACAGAUGUUUGCUGAUGCAUACAGGGGCUGUGUAUCUCACAUCAUCUGUAAAUACAGAGAAGACAGCAUGUAGUGUCAUUCAAGAGUACUGCGUGGCCAUUUUCCUGAUUACCUUCUUCUUGACAUUCAUUGGCAUCACGAUUCUCAUGUGUAAAGCUCGCUCCCUGUACAAGCGUCUUGUCACGUCUCAAGGUUUCUUUGGUGACAAUCAUUGGGAAACCCUGCGUCUCCUGGAACGGCGAAUGCUGCUUUAUCCCUCAGCCUUCUUCUUCUGCUGGGGACCAGCAAUAUUUCUAGCUACUAUGAUGCUGGUGAAACCGGAUAUGAUAGAGGGAAGGAUGGGAGUCAUUCUCUACAUCCUACAGGCGUUCACUUCUGCUUCUCAGGGUCUGUUAAACUGCCUGGUUUAUGGCUGGACACAGCAGCACUUUCGCUCUCUCAGCAGCAGCAGCACCCUACGGGACACCGAUACCCAGACUCCCCUGCUGCGCUCCCAGAAACGAAACUACGCUGCUUUAAAAUCUGCUGCAUCACUCACCAAUUUUGUCUGACAGAGAGACAUGCAAGAAUCUCUGUAAUGCAUUGAGAAGAUUCGACUGAGGAAUUGAACACAUGACUUGAAUGUUGCGAGCAUCGUGCUCUACACAUUAAGCUACGGGAGCCAAAACAGCACACACUGCUGUGUCAGAAAAACUGAAGACUGAAACGAGCAAAAUAUCUGUGUGGUCUGUCAUGCAUGAAGACCAAUGAAAGCAAACACAGCAGAAGCCGUUUGUUUUGCUGCGGUAUUACCAACACCAGAUGGCAGAAAAGGAAGCCCUGCUAAAAAGGGAGCUGAACAUUUGUUCUUCUACCUUGGUUUUGUUUUGAGAUUUCAGAUGCUGCACCUGCUGCUAGUUAAGCUGAGAAAUCCACUUCAGGAAUCUGUUUCAUCAUCCAGCCUCUAUAACACUUGCUUUUGCAAUGACACGAUUGAGACUUUCAGGUCAAGAUGCACUGCUGGGCUUUCAAAAAGGGAAAGACCGAAGGGGGAUUACGGUCA